AUGGCUUCUGACUCGACGUCUAACAAGGGCCGCGGCAUGCUGUCUCUUUACGCCAAUUUGCUCGAUCCGGCCGCCGAAAGUACGCCUGGCACAAUCUCGCGCGCGCCUGUUGUAUUUAAGCAAGCUUCAGAGGGCGAAACUCCGGUUGACGAGUCGGUUGCGAAGAAGCAGAUGAAUAAUGCUCUCAGGUUUCAACCGACGAAACGCCCCCAAUUGGCGAACCAAAAACCGAAACCCAAGCCGAACCUACCAAAGGCAGUCCCUGCAGCACCGAAUACAGCUACUGUCAAGACCACACUCGCAGACUGGGCAGCUACCGAGGAGGACGAUGUGAACGAGUUCUACUCCGGGCCCAAGAGACAGCGAGGAGGCCGCAAGAAGCGCAAGAAGAACCGAGAAACGCAAGAGUUUGUGCAGAAUUGGGAUGAUAUCUACGACCCAUCAAGGCCGAACAACUACGAAGAGUACAGACACAGCGACGAGCAAAUAGUGGAAGUUCGAGAAUGGAAGGACCGAUUAUACGCACACCGUAUGGCAAGGUCGCCGAGCCGAGAUUCGUACAGCGAUGAUGACUAUGCACGCCCAAUGAACCGACAAUUUGCACCACCAAGCAAUUUUGGUCCACCCCCAAACCUCAAUGACAUGUUUCGUUCCUCUGUGCGGGAUCCUCCACCAUCACCGCCCCAGGAGCCAGCUGCUCCUGUUCCGGACGACCCAACGGGUGAAGACGCAUACUUGCGGCGACUCCAGCUUUCUGCGCAGCCUCAACAGACUUCAGAGCCUGUACCCCCGCCUCCGCCAGCUCCAUCUAGGUCCCUUGAGGCCAUCCAAGCAUCAUCCGCAACAAUAUCACGCGCACCAGUCCGUUAUACUCUUCCACCCCCUCCUGAGGAUAUUCCUGCAACAGAAGCGGAACUCGAAGAAGUCUUCGCCAAGGAGCAGCCGGCCGAAGAAGAGGCGGAAGAUAAUGGCCAACGUUCCCUUCGACCCGGCCAGAAAGGGUUCGCUCAGAGGUUGCUGGCCAAAUAUGGGUGGACCAAAGGCUCCGGCUUGGGUGCUACCGGCUCUGGAAUUGCUAAGCCACUGCAGGUUCAGGUUGAAAAGCGCAAGAAGCGACCGGACUCGGAGGGUGGUGGUUUUGUCACUCCCGCUGGGCGUGGAAAGAUUAUCGGUGGCGCAAGAAAGGAGGAAGACGUCGGCAAGUUCGGCCCGAUGAGCGAGGUUAUCAUACUCAAAGGAAUGCUGGACGGUAUGGACGUGGAUGCCGAACUAGCAGGCCAAGAAGGAGGAGGCUUGAUGCAAGAGAUUGGGGAGGAGUGCUCCGAGAAGUAUGGUCGUGUUGAACGCGUUUAUGUUUCCCGUGAUUCAAAAGGUCCUAUCCCAGUCUUCGUCAAAUUCACCAACCAACUUUCUGCUCUCAGGGCUGUGAACGCUCUCGAAGGUCGUAUAUUCAAUGGGAACGAAAUCACCGCCCGCUUCUUCGACACACACAAGUUUGAGGCAGGCAUAUACGAGGAUUGA